AUGAACUUGGGUAUCGGCAAGAAUCUGGAGUCCAUCCCCUUACUUCCAUCAAUCUUCAUGAUGCAUUUGGACUGGCCAAAUUCAAGUAUCCUAUUCGGGACUAUAUCUGCAGGAAGUCUGCUCCUUCUCUGGUUUACAGGAUCCAUACUCUACCACCUCUUCUUCUCCCCUUUGAGUCGAUUCCCAGGCCCAAAAAACUUUGCGUUCUCCCAAAUUCCUCUGCAGCUUUCAGUUCUGCGUGGCCACAAUCAUCUAGACGUCACCGCACUACAUGAGCGCUAUGGCCCCGUCGUACGAAUUAGCCCUACAGAACUGGCGUUCAAUACCCCUCGCGCAUUCCGAGAUAUCUACGGUGCCAGACCGGGUGGCUGCCUGCCUAAGGAUCGUAGUCACUAUAUUGCCCCAGCAAAUGGGGUAGAUCAUCUGGUCUGCGCUGUAGAUAGCAGCGUACACGCGCGGCAAAGAAGAUUGCUCUCGCAUGCAUUUUCAGACAAUGCAUUGAGAGGUCAAGAAGAUCUCAUUCGGGGAUACGUGGAUACACUGAUCAAGAAGCUUCGAGCAGAGGUGGAGAGGAAAGAGAGCAAUUCGGCUGUGGAUAUCAAGAAAUGGAUGAACUAUACCACCUUUGAUAUCACGGGUGAUCUUAUGUUUGGGGAAUCCUUCGACUGUCUCAAGGAUAACCAGUUACACCCUUGGAUCGAACUGAUCUUCAAUUCUAUUAAGGCUCUCUCUUUUGUUGGUGCAGCACAGCAGUUCCCUUUCUUGUGGGUAUUCCUUAAGGCCUUUAUUCCGAGAGAUGUGGUUCGGAAAGCACGAGAGCAUUUCGAUCUUGCUGCCGACAGGGUUGAUCGUCGAUUGGAUGCGAAUAUCUCCCGCCCGGAUUUUAUGUCUGCUAUCUUGCAGAAUGGGUUGAGUGAAACUAAAGGUGCCUAUCGAGAUGGUGAGAGGAUUAUGAGUAGGGCUGAGAUCCACUCGAAUGCGUUCAUUCUCAUCGUCGCAGGAAGCGAGACCUCUGCUACCCUGUUAUCAGGCUGCAUCUUCUACCUCUGUACAAAUCCACACGCCAUGCGUCGACUCACCAUUGAGAUUCGAUCCACGUUUAAAUCAGAUGCUGAAAUCACAUUUCGCAAUAUCAGUACACUGACAUAUCUAUCUGCUGUUAUCGAGGAGUCACUACGAAUGUAUCCGCCCUUCGUAACGAGCUUGGCCAGAAAAGUACCAAAGGGUGGAACCAUCAUCGACGGCGAAUUCAUCCCGGAAGGAACAACUGUCGCAUGUCACCACUACGCAUCCUACCACUCCGCCUCCAACUUCACCUUCCCACAUGAUUUCUUACCCGAACGAUGGCUCGGUCAAGAUCCCCGUUUCAGUGCUGAUAAAAGAGAUGUUCUCCAGCCCUUUAGUUUAGGUCCACGGAACUGUCUUGGUAAAAAGUAA